AUGGGUUUUGCAGAAGAGUUGAAGUUGUCUAUAGGGAUUGAGGGUGUUGAGAAAUUUAAGAAUAUAAUUUUUGGUCCAUAUCUCAACAUUCCUAAUUGCAAUUACCAAGGGCAAAUAACAAAGUGUUUGUUGCUACUUGAGCUGGAGCAGGAUAAUAUAGAUGAGCUCCAUAUUCGUCAUGCUAGCGGAAAUAUUUUGCAUUUCACUAUCAAAGAAUUUGCCAUCAUUACCGGCCUGAAAUGCACAGGAGAUGUUAAUGAAUUUAAAUAUCCUGAUUCCCGUCACAGCAGAUUGAUUCAAAGAUAUUUUCCUGAUUCACAAAACAUUCUUGGUGAUGCAAAUAUACUUAUCCAUCAUUUCUAUAUGGUUGAAGACGGAAGGUAUCAACAGUAUCCAUGGGGACAGAUUGCAUUCUCAAAAUUGAUGAAAUCUCUAAGACAAGAGUUCACCAAAGAAAAGAAGAUGUAUCGAUUAGCCGGCUCCUCUUCUCAAGCAGCUAGUGUUGCUCCUAGUUCUUCCCGGUCCACACCACAGUUAGGAGCGACGGUUGUCCCGAUGGCCAGAGUGCAAAAGUUAAAGGCGCAGAUGGCCAAACUGCUGCAUCACAUCCAGCCAUGGAUGCAAAAGUCGAUUGCCGAGUCCGAAGCUAGAAUGGAGCGCAUGAUGGAGGGGAUGAUGGACUGUAAGGUCCUGACGUUUUUAAGGAGAUCAAGACGUAUUUCAACUACACCACCUCAAAAGAGGAGAAAGAAUGCUCAUCCUGCCAAACCAGAUGUUAUUGAUGUUAAUCAACCUGAACAAUCGGCUGUGCAAUCAAACAAAAACAGUCCAAUUCCAGUUUCAAAUGUUAAUGUACCUGAUGUUCAUGUUCCUUCACUAGAUCCUAAAGAACCAACAGACAGAUCAUGGAUUAAACAUGUUAAGAAAUACCGGAAGAAAUAUAAUAUUUUUGGCAUAUCUACGAGUCCUACCAUGCCAGAGUUCAAUCAAGAAGAUGAUGUUGUGCGUCCACCUACCACUAACCAGCUGUUUGAUAAACGGAGUUCACCUAUUGCGAUGGACGUGCUCGACAAUGAUCGAUUUGAGGUAGAUGUUGUUGAGGAUCAAGAACAAAAUCUUAUUCCUGAACCAAAGAUUGUAGAAGAUGUUGAUACUUGUAAGGAAAAAGAAGGUAGGAAGGAUGUAUCAGAUCUUCCACACACAACAGAAGUCCAUGAUGAAGAAGAUGUACCAAUUGGAGGCUCCAAAACAUUUCAUCAAGUAAUGUUGGAUGAACAUGAUGUUGAUAAAGUGCAAGAUAAUGUCAUAAAAUCUGAUAAAUCGGGUUCAACAAAUUCGAAUUUAGUAUCAGUUGAUACUCAAGAAGCAGUAGAUACACUUAAUGGCAUUCACUCUCCUAUGGAUGCUCAGCCACAGCAAAUUGUCACUCCCCAACAACGUACUGAUACACAUAAUUUGAGAUCGGGCAACCUGUUACCCAUGGAUACAAACGUAAAUGAAACAGCGGUGCAUGAAGUGUCAAAGAUCAUUGUUCAAAUAUUGAGACUGUCAUCAAAGAUCUUUCGAUCACCAUACGUGACUAUAUUUGGGUCUAGCGACAAAGGCAAAGAGAAAGUUGAUUCAGAGUUACACAUUCGUCCAAAUCACCCAUUUGAAGGUUGUGUUAUUAUUUUCCAACCUCCAUCUGUUUUUCUUGAUCAGUACCAUCAGUGGUUAUCAAAGGGCCUUCUUAAAACACAUGACAAGAAGUAA